AUGGAUGAAGAUGGAGGUCAUGUUGUCAUUUCAGAUGAUGAAGAUCAACAAGAGGAGGAUGUAGUAGAGGUGAACGGAUCUGGCAAACGCAAGAAAACUUCUAAUGUUUGGUUAGAAAUGAAGGAGGUGAAGGUCGGGGGAGAAUCUAAGGCAAGGUGUAACUACUGCCACAAGGAUCUUACUACAGGACCCAGAUCAGGCACGAAGCAUCUCGCCGCCCAUCUAAAGGUUUGUACUCUUAAGAAGUUGAAAACCAAGGGGGGCAAAACAAUGUCUCAGUCAUCAUUGAUGAUGAAUGCAAAGGAGGAUGGGAAUGUUUCUGUGGAGAGCUAUACUUUUGAUCAAGAGGUUGCUCGAAGAGAGCUUGGCAACAUGUUGGUGUUGCAUGAGUAUCCACUGUCUAUAGUAGAUCAUGCUGGUUUUAGGAAGUUUGUUCAUGCACUUCAACCACUAUUCAAGCUGCAUACAAGAAAUACUUAUAGGAAUGAUAUUCUGGAAAACUUCAAGAAAGAAACAAAGAAGGCAAUUGAUUAUAUGGGCAUGAACCAAUCAAGGGUAGCUAUAACCACAGAUAUAUGGACUGCUGAUACCACAAAGAAGGGUUAUAUGGUUAUCACGGCUCAUUUCAUUGAUGAUUCUUGGAAGCUUAGGAGCAUUAUCAUGAGGUACUAA